GCACGCAUCCACGCACGUCUUCAUCUUCUUCUCUGAGCCGUCGGAUGAAGGCGAGAUCCGACGGUGGAUGCAGCAGAUGCUGCCUUCCUCCACCUCCCUCCGCUUUGUGCCUCAGGUGGGGGGAGACGUGGGGGCGCGCAUGCAAGCAGCCUUCCAGCACGUGCUGGGCCUGGGAUACCAGCGGGUGGUGGUGAUCGGAACAGACAUCCCUGAUGUGGAUGGUGCAACUGUUGUUGCUGCGCUCUCUGCUCUUAAGCGGCACCGGGUGGUGUUUGGGCCGGCCCUGGAUGGCGGAUACUACCUCCUUGGGCUCACCGCAGUGCUGCCAUGCCUUUUCCAAGUAAUUGGUGCAUGCCACAAU